AUGGGAGAAGGUGGAUUUACAGAGAUUGGAGUCCCGUUUCCAGCACCAGAAAACGGAUGCAAAGUAGUCUUCACCACUCGUCGCCAAGACGUAUGUAAGCGCAUGGGUGUUGAAGACCCGAUGGAAGUCAAAUGCUUGGCGGAAAAGGAAGCAUUUGAUUUGUUCCAAAAGAAGGUUGGAGAAAGAACAUUAGGAAGCGAUCAGGAGAUCCCUGAACUUGCAAAAGACAUUGCUAGAAAAUGUGGUGGCCUUCCAUUGGCGCUCAAUGUCAUAGGAGAGACCAUGUCAUGCAAGAAGACGGUGGAAGAAUGGCGUCACGCGAAAGAUGUUUUGGCUUCGUACGCUAUAGAGUUUUUCUGGCAUGGAAGAUAA